AUUAAGCAAAAUUAACUGUUUAAAACAUUUUAAAGGCAUUUGUAAUUGUUCUGUUGGUUAUGUGAUAAAGCAUUUAUUCUAAUUAAAUUUAAAAUAGUACACUGUUUUAAAUGUUGGAAAUAAGUAAUUAUGGCAUUUUAAUUUCUCUCUCUGAAGACCCAGGUAGUUUGUGAACUCUCUUGACUUCAUUUUGAAGGCAGAAAACAAUGUGGUGUUUAAAAAAGAUAACAAAAAUACAGCUCAGAAUGUGCUCACACAUAAAGUAAUUUUGUUUGAAUCAUUGUAAUAUACAGAGAUGUCACCUAACUGCUGUAGGAUUUUGAGAUACAUGACUCAAAUGUUGAUAAAGAUUACUCUGUGAGACUUUUCCUGCCUUCUGUACACCUAUAGAACUUUGAGGCAAGGAAAAAAAAAAUCUUAGUGAUCUCCUGUACUUAAGAAUAGAUUAGGCCAAACUAAAAAUGAGGAAAAUAUUCUAUAAAAUUUACAGAUUUUUUGGUUGAUUUGCUUAGAAGCUUGUAUCUGAGAGUAAAGCAUACAUAUAGUUUUAAGAAAUAACAUUAAGUAACAGAAUCUAAUUUUAGGUUCCAUACUAUCUGUUGAUCUUAAAUAUAGUAUAAGUCAUUUGAAAUGAAAUAGGUUGAGCCCUUGCUUCCAAAACUAGCAUGAGGCUAGUAUAGCUUUAUUAAUUAUUAAUGAAAAAAUUUACAAGUAAAAGCUAUUCUGAAAGAACCAAUUUGCUAAAUGUUUGUAUGUGAUUGAUCUUAUCUCUACUACAUUUAGGAAGCAGUCAUGUUUCAUGAGUCCUCAAAACUGUGAGCCAAGAGAUUGUAGUAGAGUAAGGCAAGAAGUCCUUACUGGCUCAAAGAACUCCAGGGAAACUGGGAUAGAACAUUUUUCAUUAUAAGUAGAACCCCGGGAGCCAGAGGUGAAACACAAGUUUAUCUGCAGAGCUACGCUGCAGGGCUGAGCUGGGUCUGGAAGAAAUGGAUGAGAGCCACUGGAUGAAAUGCACUAAUACUAGACACCUGAGUCCUCUAGUAAUGUAUAAAUACCCCAACUAUUGUCUGUUGUCAUCUUGUUCUUUUUCUUCCUAUUUAAUAACCUAUAUUUUAACUGGAACCUCAAUACUACAAUUUUGUUCUUUUGCUUGUGUCUAUCACUUCCCUGUUGCUCAUCACCCUUUGUGCUUCUUCUCCAUUAUCUUUGGUUUACUUCCACUGACCCUUCUUUUAUUUAUGGUUGUCACAUAAAGCAUAAAACAAGGUUUCUUUUGUUUGUUUGCUUUGUUUUCCUUUGUAAUGAGAUUUGCACACCUGGUUGAGAGGCACAUUUUCAAUUGCAUUUUUCUCAAAACAAUUGACUUUGACCUAAAUGCAUUUAAACUAUUUUAAAAAAAAACACUUCUUUUACAGAGAUUUGUGAAUGAACUUAACUAAGUAUGGAUCCAGGUGGUGGAAGUCUUGGAUUGCACACAUCAGACUCUAGAAUGGCCCAUACCAUGAUUAUGCAGGAUUUUGUUGCUGGAAUGACUGGUACUGCGCAUAUCGAUGGAGACCAUAUUGUUGUUUCAGUUCCUGAAGCUGUAUUAGUUUCUGAUGUUGUCACAGAUGGUGGGAUAACUCUUGAUCAUGGCCUUGCAGCUGAAGUUGUCCAUGGGCCUGAUAUCAUCACCGAGACUGAUGUAGUAACAGAAGGUGUAAUUGUUCCUGAAGCUGUACUUGAGGCUGAUGUUGCUAUUGAAGAAGAUUUAGAGGAAGAUGAUGGUGAUCACAUCUUGACGUCUGAGCUAAUUACAGAAACUGUUAGAGUACCUGAGCAGGUUUUUGUGGCUGAUCUUGUUACUGGUCCUGAUGGACACUUGGAACAUGUGGUCCAAGAUUGUGUUUCAGGAGUUGACUCUCCCACAAUGGUUUCAGAGGAGGUUCUUGUAACUAAUUCAGAUACAGAAACUGUGAUUCAAGCAGCUGGUGGUGUUCCUGGUUCUACAGUUACUAUUAAAACUGAAGAUGAUGAUGAUGAUGAUGUCAAGAGCACUUCUGAAGACUACUUAAUGAUAUCUUUAGAUGAUGUUGGGGAAAAAUUAGAGCAUAUGGGGAACACACCAUUAAAAAUCAGCAGUGAUGGUUCACAAGAAGAUGUUAAAGAAGAUGGAUUUGGUUCAGAAGUAAUAAAAGUGUAUAUAUUUAAGGCCGAGGCUGAAGAUGAUGUUGAAAUAGGUGGAACAGAAAUUGUCACAGAGAGUGAGUACACCAAUGGACAUUCUGUAGCUGGAGUGCUUGACCAGAGCCGAAUGCAGCGGGAGAAGAUGGUUUACAUGGCAGUUAAAGAUUCUUCUCAAGAAGAAGAUGAUAUCAGAGAUGAAAGAAGAGUUUCUCGAAGGUAUGAAGAUUGUCAGUCAUCAGGAAAUACUUUAGACUCAACAUUAGAAAACAGAAGUAGUACAGCAGCACAAUACCUUCAAAUUUGUGAUAGCAUUAAUACAAAUAAAGUACUUAAACAAAAAACCAAGAAGAGGAGAAGGGGAGAAACGAGGCAGUGGCAAACAGCUGUUAUAAUAGGCCCUGAUGGACAACCCCUGACAGUGUAUCCUUGCCAUAUUUGCACAAAAAAGUUUAAAUCCCGAGGAUUCUUGAAAAGACACAUGAAGAAUCAUCCUGAUCAUUUGAUGAGAAAAAAAUAUCAGUGUACAGAUUGUGACUUUACAACUAACAAGAAAGUGAGUUUCCAUAACCAUUUAGAAAGCCAUAAGCUUAUAAACAAAGUUGACAAAACCCAUGAAUUUACAGAAUACACACGAAGAUACAGAGAAGCAAGUCCACUGAGUUCAAAUAAACUUAUAUUAAGAGACAAGGAGCCGAAGAUGCACAAGUGCAAAUACUGUGACUAUGAAACUGCGGAACAAGGACUGUUAAACCGACAUUUACUGGCUGUUCACAGCAAGAAUUUUCCUCAUGUUUGUGUUGAGUGUGGGAAGGGCUUUCGACAUCCUUCUGAACUCAAGAAACAUAUGAGAACCCAUACUGGUGAGAAGCCAUAUCAGUGUCAGUAUUGUAUCUUCAGGUGUGCAGAUCAAUCAAAUUUGAAAACUCACAUUAAGUCUAAGCAUGGUAACAAUUUACCAUAUAAAUGUGAGCAUUGCCCCCAAGCAUUUGGUGAUGAGAGAGAACUUCAACGCCAUCUGGAUUUGUUUCAAGGACAUAAGACACACCAGUGUCCUCAUUGUGACCAUAAGAGCACCAACUCAAGUGACCUUAAGCGGCACAUUAUAUCUGUCCACACUAAGGAUUUUCCUCACAAAUGUGAGGUCUGUGAUAAAGGUUUCCAUCGCCCUUCUGAGCUCAAAAAGCAUAGUGAUAUCCAUAAGGGUAGGAAGAUUCAUCAGUGUAGGCACUGUGACUUUAAAACAUCAGAUCCAUUUAUUCUUAGUGGUCAUAUCCUUUCAGUUCAUACUAAGGAUCAGUCAUUGAAGUGUAAAAGGUGCAAAAGAGGGUUCAGACAACAAAAUGAGCUCAAAAAGCAUAUGAAGACUCACAGUGGAAGGAAGAUUUACCAAUGUGAGUAUUGUGAAUACAGCACCACAGAUGCAUCUGGCUUUAAACGACAUGUGAUAUCAAUACAUACAAAAGACUAUCCACACAGGUGUGAAUUCUGCAAGAAGGGAUUCCGACGACCAUCAGAAAAAAAUCAGCAUAUUAUGAGGCACCACAAGGAGGCUCUUAUAUAAUAAGAUCAAUAUAAAGAAAGAAGCUAUUUAGAAACUAUGACAUGCUACAUGGGAAGAUAAUUUCACAAACUGUUUCACCUGGUUACAUAGCUUGAUAUUAAAUUAUAAAUUUACAUUCUUUUUAUUAAAGAUCUUAAAGUAUUUGAAUUGAGAGGGGAUCUCAGCCCUUUGAAAUUACUUAAAAGAAUUUAAGGAGCACCAUAGAAUGGUUGCAGAAAACCUUAUUGUCUAUUUAAUGGUAUAAACAUAAUUCAACUACCGAGGGGAAGAGCAAAGACAACCACUUUAUUUGGCUGAUCAUACAAGAGACAAAUCUUUCUGCAAAGAUCAUAUCUAAUUAAGGCAAACAAGCCUCACUUUUAUGCAGUUUUAUAAAUGGGGUGGAAAAAUAAAAUGCAAUCAUCCAUCAGUCACUUAGUCACUGAAUCUUUAUAUGGUACCUGGAAAUUGAAUUCCAGAAAUGGCAAAAGUUUUGUGUAUUCAUUGAAAGAAAUUUCACUGGAAAACAGGUUAGAUUAAUUCAAUACUAUUUAGAAGGAUUUCAGAGCUACUAAGGUUUUAUUACAGGAUAGGAUGUUUAAAAUACAGCAUCUGUACUGAAGUCUAAAUAUUAAAGUUCCCCUUUUUUCUGAUGUUCAAGUUGAUUGAUAUUCAGUAUGGUAUAUAUGACAAAAGUAUAUUUGAGUCAAAUGUGGCUUUCUAAAAUGCAUGCAACAGUAAUGUUGCAAACAAAGCUAGCACUAUAUUUCUUAAUGAUACUAAGAUUAAAUUGAGAGAACACAGUUUUCUUAAAUAUUUAGUUUUUUUAGGACAGUCAUAGCAAGUAUGAUUAUUCCAGUCUUACUUGCUCUAAUGUUUAAAGGUGCAAUUUUAUGCCAUUAUUGAAAAUUUUGAUUUUUAAAAUCUAUAUACCAUAUUAUUAACAUACAUUUUCAAUGUGAGGCAGUAUUUAUGCAGUAUUUAACAAAAAACUAUGCUGCCAAUAGAGCUUAGAGGUGGAUAUUCAGUUUACAGUGUAUAAAAUAUGCAUCCUUUCAACAACACUUUAUGUUAGCAUGCUGCAAAUCAACAUGGCGCUUAAUAUAAAAAGCUGGUUUAGGGAAAUUUAAUGAAAAUCCUGUUCAUAAAUGUAAUGCAUAUGAUGUGUACUUUUAAGUUUUAGUUGCUUCAUGUUUACACUCAGCUGUUCAGCAUAAUUAAAAUGUAAUUUUACUUCAUGCUAUAUUGUGGCUUUGUGUUUUAAAUAAUGUUCACCUUUCUGUUUUUGCACCAGGUAAGAAUCAGUUCCUUGAGAAUAAAUUUUUUAUCUUUCUUAAUUCAGAAUAUUAAAUUUGGAAAAUCUAAAGUUGUGUGUCAUGUGGUUGUAAAUGAUGUACACGCUGUAAGAUAAGAUUGUCACUGUUAAUGUGGGAUUAUUAUUUCUAAAUGUUACUCAUUGAAAUGAGCAUACAAUAAAAAGCAUUUAUUGCA